GUCGAAUACGUAACUUUCGACUUGGGCGUCGUCCCCUCUGGGACAGCGCCUCCCUCGGCCCAACACUAUCGGUUAAUUGGCCUAGACACGCCUACACCAUACUUACAGUUGGGAACAGCUAUCUACCAAGGGGGACACGCGAGCUUGAUAGGAAGCGAAAUCAUCUUCCGGGACAUGCGAGGUUCGUUAUCUCCACUCUUCUUU